CUCCUGUGCAUGCUGUUGCGUGGGGUGAGACACCAUGAAACACCUUGUUGUAUCUUCCAUCCUUGUGGUCUUCAUCCUAACCCCAUCUCUGCCCAUGAUGAACAUCAGUGAUAACCAUCCUCUGGAUGGAUCUGUUGGGACUCAGAGUAUUCAUGUCAGCGCCUUCCAAGGUAUGGUCAGCAUCCGAGACAACAAUGUUUUCAGUGAAUGGGACGGAAUCCUGGACUACAAGAAUGCCCUAUUGGCAGCCAAGCUGUUUAGCAAGAUGGCGUGUGUUCUGGCCAAGAUGGACCAAGCCGUCUUCCCAAGUCUGGAUGACAUUAGCAAGGCCUUGGACAAACAGGCUUCUAAGCAUUACCCAUCUACUCGCGGCCUGACCUACACUGUUUUACCCAGCCGGGUCAAGAACUUAGCGCAGUAUGGAAUGCCCAUCAAGGACAUGUGCAGAGAUGUCCCCACUUACUUUGCCUGGCAGCAUAAAGAAGGUACUGCCCUCGCAGUUGAUCCUGAUUCUUGUUUUGAAGUCCAGCUUCUGUCCUUUAUGGGACUCUCCAUCUGCGGCGAGAUCCCUGGGCUCUGAACCGCCGGGCUGACUGCGUAGCACGUGGACCCACCUGGCCUGAGGCCAGUGCUAGGACCCGGCCCUCCCUCUACCGGUGGGAAGCUGCUCCUUUUAGUCCUUUAUCUUCUGCCUUUUGUCCCAAUACCUGGCUCUGUAAUCUGAAAAAGUGGGUCCACUUUCUCCCUCUGGGUUAGAGCAAUAAAGUUUCUUGCCUCACUGGCCU